UCAAGCUUAGCCCACCGCCUCAAGAUGCUUUGACAGUGACUACGUCACUAGGAUGAGACCUGUCAAAGGAUGACCUAUGGUAAUUGCAAGCGUGCGCAUGUCUUGACUAAUUACUCAAUGAUGCUGGACGCCAAUCUAUCCAAAACGUUGCUCGAAAGCAACGACACCAAAAAUGCCAGCUGCGGCUCCGUCUCCGUUGCGUACCCCAUCACAAUGAUGGUGACGGGAAUGGUUGGGAAUUCUCUUGCGCUGAUGUUAGUGUAUAGUUCUUACAGGAAAAAAGAAAACAAGCGGAAAAGGUCGUUCCUACUGUGCAUUGGUUCGCUAGCGCUGACGGAUCUCUUUGGCCAGUUGUUGACGAGCCCCAUCGUGAUUUCGGUUUACCAUGCUGACUUGAUGUGGGAGCGCGUCGACACCACGGGAAGUUUGUGCGCCUUCUUCGGGGUGUGUAUGACAACUUUUGGACUAUGCUCGCUCUUCCUCGCCAGUGCCAUGGCAAUCGAACGGGCUCUGGCUAUCACUGCUCCCCACUGGUAUUCCAACCACAUGAAAACCAGCGUGACCAAACAAGCGCUUGCUGUUAUCUGGUGCCUUGUCCUACUAUUCGCCCUGCUUCCCAUUGUCGGUGUGGGACAAUACACUCUACAGUGGCCAGGAACUUGGUGCUUCAUCAGCACAGGGGAUAGAUACAUCUCUGGAAAUGCCUUCUUUGCCUCCACAUUUGCUGGUCUGGGCAUAUUUUCGCUCCUUGUAACUUUCUUUUGCAACAUGGUGACGAUACGGGCGCUCGUUGUGCGGUGCAGGAUGAAGUCCUCCUCGUCUCAGUCGUCCAAGCAGUGGGAGCGCCUGACCACGGAGACGGUCAUCCAGCUGCUGGGUAUCAUGUGUGUCCUCUUGAUAUGCUGGUCUCCCCUAUUGGUCUUGAUGAUGAAGAUGAUUUACACCCAGACGUCGUCGCAUUACUGCAAGCCGGAGACCCUCCCUCCCGGAGGCUUCCCUCACAGUCGAGACGUGCAGAUGGACUGCAAUUUCUUCCUCACUGCCAUACGGCUGGCCUCCCUCAAUCAGAUCCUGGACCCCUGGGUCUACUUGCUGCUGCGAGAGAUCUUGCUGCGGAAAUUUUUCCAGGUGGCCAACGCUGUGUCUAAUUGCUCCAUCGAGCCGCCCAAGGAAACGCCAACGGCGCUGGAUGCCCUCAACAAGCAGGCGAUGGACACAAACGCAGUGCAGAGAGACUGAAGCGACCUCAAAACAUCACCUCAGAAGGUCAUGCUUUUGUGAGAUUCUUAUUGGUGCAUUUUGGACCUGUGCCAACUCUUACGCCAGCAGUGCAAUAUAGGGCAGCCUUCAACAACUAGAGAUGCAGAGAGCCAGAACUCUGUACUCUGUAGUUGGUGAGAUAUGACUGUUUACCAUGAGUGUACACAGGGAAGCCGACACGGGGGGACAAAGGGGUCUGUUGUCCCGGGCCCGGGGAGAGAGGAGCCCAUAUUUGGGUCCUCAUUAUAUUAAAUGUAUUGGGUGGGGGGGCCCUUUGAGAUGACUUUGUCCUGGGCCCAGCCAAAGCUGUCAGCGGCCCUGAGUGUACAUAGUACAUACUUGUACCAUGCUAUAACAGUCAUAUGCCAUAGGUUUGAGGGCAAAUGUGCUGCAUGUGCCACGGUGAGUGACCAUACCAGCAUGAGAUGAACGCUACAUUCUCACAUCCCUUGAAGUCGGAACUGUCACGGCCAGAAACAUUCAAAGGGGAUUUCAUACAUGGUUGCUUCAUUACUAGUAAACCUUGCAAAGCAAGAAGAGAAAAUGUCGAUGCCAAAUGUGGAAUUAGACUCUCACAGUGUUCAAGGACUUCAUGGUGCUCCUGUUCAGAAGAGACUUCGUACUAGGGUUGCCAACCGUCCCUUGAAAUAUGGAAUCAUCCCGUAUUUAGAGAUAAAAGUACGGGUUCCGUACUGAGCUGAAACAGGACACGGGAUGUUAAAAUGCAAGAACUUAAGGAAUGCAAUUUUUCUGGGGGAGGACCCCCAAACACCCCGCCACAAAGAUGUGUCCUGUAUUUUUUCAUUGACUGGUGGCAAGCCUACUUCGCACCAUCAGCCAGGCAGUGACAUUGCAGUUCAACUGGUAAUGCUUUGGAGCCAGGCAUGCAGAUACAGAAGGCUGCCUACUGCUCCAGCUCCCCAUGGUGUGGUCUGCCUGCGCUUGUUGAUCUGUGCCCAGUCAUUGCUCAUUUGCAAAGGGCCCUGCUGACAUUACUUUUCAACUGACAGUGCAUAUAACUCUAAAAGGAUUAAGGAGGUGCUCAUCGCCAACGAAAGACAGACACGGACACAGGGCUUCCUGUCUGAAUGUUGAAGCCAGAUCC